AAGCCUUGCCGCUGACUAGGCGACACCUGAUGCAAGCGGCAUCCUGGUGAGGUAUGAUUCGCUUCAUCCUGCUACAGAAUCGGCAGGGUAAGACCCGCCUCUCCAAGUGGUACGUUCCCUUUAAUGCGAGCGAAAAGUUCAAGAUUGAGUCAGAGAUUCACAGAGCCGUUGUGACUCGGGAGCCAAGGAACACAAACUUCCUGGAGUACCGCAGUUACAAGAUCAUCUACAGGCGCUAUGCCGGCAUGUUCUUCAUUUUCUGUGUGGACAUGAAUGACAACGAGCUCGGCAUCCUGGAGUUGAUCCACCUCUUUGUGGAAGUCCUGGACGGGUACUUUGGCAACGUGUGUGAGCUAGAUUUGGUGUUCCACUUCGACAAGGUCUACCGCAUCCUUGAUGAACUUCUGUUGGCCGGCGAGGUGUCCGAGACCUCCACCAGCAAGAUCAUCGCCGUUAUGAGGAGCGUCGACAAGAUGGACUGAAAUCCGCCUGGUGAGCUGAAGCGUCUUGAGGGUUGCUUCCUUGGAGCAAUGGGCAGGCCGAGACAUACAUUCCGCACCCACAUUUGGCAGACCUCAGCGGAAAUUUGCAAGGCGCCCCAUUGUUUAGAUGCCCAACCCACUACGUAGCUUGGGGAGUUAUGGGCCAUGGACAUGUAAACUGGCCCUUUUUGCGGCCCCCGCCGCCAUCUAGAGAAUGUGACCCAGGUGGCAGUGCUCGAACAUUUGAGGUGA